GUGAAAAUGGGAAGCAGGGAGGAGGAAUGUGAAACAUUUCUGAUGCUGGUCCAGUGGCUGUUUACACGGCAGUCCGCCUGUGACAUCAGAGUCCGGACUUUAUAAAUGUCAGCAGGCGCAAGAAUGAGCAGUUAGCAAACAGCGUCACACGGGUUAUUGAGACAGAGUGAGCUCCAUCAGCAACACAAGCCGCCAUGGACCAACUGCUGCGUGCCGGUGCCAUAGCUUUGGCUGCACUGCUGUGUGUGGCUACACAGGUGCUGUGCCAGCUGUGUGACACUCCCUGCCUUUGCCCCAGUUCUGUCCCCGAGUGCCCCACAGGGGUCCCACUGGUGCUGGACGGCUGCCGGUGCUGCCAGGUGUGUGCCCGGCAGGGAGGCCAGCCCUGCACUGAGAUGUCCCCCUGCGACCGCCACAGAGGACUGCAGUGUGACUACAGCGCCAGUUUCCACGGAGACCCCGGGGAGUGUGUCCGUCAGGAGGAUCUGCGCUGUGAAGUCAACGGCAUCACAUACCAUGAGGGCCAGUCGUUUCAGCCCUCCUGUGACACCUACUGCCACUGCAGAGGUGGAGGGCUCAGCUGUGUGCCGGCUUGUCCUCUGAAUGCCCGUCUUCCCACUCCAGACUGUCCCAACCCACAACAUAUCCGGCUACCGGGAAAAUGCUGCAAGGAAUGGGUGUGUGAAAACCUAGAGAACACAGUCAUUCAGGAUGCCAUCACAGCCAUGAGACCGGGGAGGUUGUUGCCAGCUCUCCCGAUGGACCACCCUCUAAGUAAAGUGGUCCCACCUGCCUCCACCUGUACAGAGCGGAGCACCAAGUGGAGCGCCUGUUCCCAGAGCUGUGGGGCCGGGGUCUCCACACGCGUCUCUAACCAGAACCCGGCCUGCAGGCUGCAAAUGGAAACUCGACUUUGUAAAGUGCGGCCUUGCCAAAUAGUUCAGCACGUCUCAAGGGAACCCACGUGGGGACGAAAGGGACGGUGCAAGGCCAGCUACAAGUUACCAGGGCCCGUUCGGCUAGUCCACCAAGGCUGCUACAGCACCCGGGCUUACCGGCUCCGGUACUGCGGACAGUGCACCCACACCCGCUGCUGCACGCCUUAUCGGACCAGCACGGCUGAGGUGACCUUCCGCUGCCCCACCGGCAGACUGCUGCAGAGAGCUGUGAUGACGAUCCACUCUUGUGUUUGUCACAACAACUGCCCCUACUCCCCUUACACUAACCCGGCUCUGUGGGGAUACAGGCCCUGAUCGGCCUGCAGAAGAGCUCAUUCAUUUAGACUUCACUGGCCGAUUCAUGUCACCAGGCGGAUCCAUAAAGACAUCCUCUAAUUAAUGGACCUUAAAAGUAGAUAAAGACUUUGAUUGGGCUGGGAUGAACGUUGAUUUUCACACAUUUACAAUCUCACUCUGCACUUAUUUAACAAUACGUUUCACUCCUACACCGUGGUAACCCAUUUUACUGGUGGUUUCAUUCAUUAAAUGAAAGCAAGCAAGCUUAAUUUACAGGAUAUCGCACAUUUUUAACACUUACGUUACAAAGUGCUUGACAGAAGGAAGAAAAGAAGCAAUGAUGAAAAUAUAUUUAAAAAACUGAAAAAAGUUUAUAACCCACAACAAAAAGUUAUAGAAUUAAGGAAACAAGAUUUCUUUUAAGAAAUAUAUGCACUGAUUUGCCUUCUCUGAGACUUCUACCUGGGGGUUAGAGGACACAAUAACUCCUUUAAUCUCAGGGGUGCCUGGUUCUGUAAUGCCAAAGUAAAAUUCUAAAAUCAAUCCUGUGACAGCAAGCCAAUAGAGAGAAACAUAAGCUGGUGUCAUUUGUGAAUUAUAUUCAAAUGUUGUGAUGAUUUUUAGUCAAAAUGUGUUGCUUCAGAUGAAAGCAUGGAUAGACUGAAGUUAUGGUCUGAUUAAUGUAAAGUUCUUUAGUUUUAAAAACCAGGAAAUGUACUUUUGAAGUCUUAUUGAGGUCAGUAUUUAGAUUUGGAUCAGAAAUAAUCUCAAGAAUUUUUUUACACUGAGUGAAAUUGUGGACCGAUUGCAUUUGAGUACGGUAAUUCCUCAUCACUGUAUCUGGGCCAAGAAACAUAAUUUCUCGUUUUUCAAAUACUGUGUAGUGUUUUUCACCUAAACAACCUUAACCAUGUGCAAGGACAGCACUUUGUCUUUUAAAGCUUAUUUCAUUCAAUGGAAAUGUAUGCCACAGAUUGACUCCAGCCUUCGUGUUGACAGAUGUUGUUUUUGACGUGAGCAAUGCAACUUUUAAUUUGUACAGAUUUUGUGUGUUUGUAGUUUCAUGACAUUGCACUUCAUUUUUGUUUUGUUGUAAAUAAUUCUGGACACAUCUUUCCUAUGUAUAGUGAAAUGUGUCUCAAUAUUUUACAUACCUCUUGCUUUUCUACUUUCAA